AUGGACGACUUCCCCUCAUGCGCGUCAGAGCUACUUAAACAAAAGCUGUUUGGAAAGCAAACACAGGGCCCAUCACUGGCCAUGGAUACUCCUUUGCAAACUCCAGCAAAAGCUGCAAGGCCCAAAAGCUAUGCUGCCGCGCUCAAGGGACCACGACCGCCACCCGGGCCAACGCCGCUCACAAUGGGAGCUUUGUGCCGCCUGGACGUCAAAAACAUUGAAGAAGAGGUGCGAGCUGCCAACUCUUGGACCAGUGAAGAACCUGCCCGUCGAAUCAAGGAAUGGGUUUUCCGGACUAGAGCUAUGCAUAAUGGAAAGGAAUUGAUUCAUCCAGAGAACCCGCCCCGGUCAAAAUAA